CGAUUGUUCAUCAUCCAUCGUCAUCGUUUUCAACUUGGAACUUGUCCUCCAACGAGACGCCAAACUCGGGACAUAUGCGGCCGGGCUGAAUGCUCUUCCAAGCCAACUAAACAACCAUCUUCCAGUCUACCAUAAUCAACGUCUCGACCGCGCGUCGCAUAGUCGCCAAAGCAUUUGCGCUCCUCCACCACUUUAACGCGACAAGGCUGAUCGAGCUCUCGACCCCGCGCAGCUUGAAGCUUCAAAGCCCAUCAAUCUUCGACUUAAACUUCUGCGCCCACCCAACAACUCAGAUCUUGGUCGCUUCGAAACCGGAUCUACCUCCACGUAUCGUAUCGCAUCGUACAAACCCCCCGACCGCGACCGCGACCGCAAUACUCAACCACCUCCAUCCACCUCAACUUCUCUCAUCACCACAUCACCACAUCACCACCCUCACGCCGGGCCUCAAGCUCACCACCACCCGCCCAUCAUGGAACCCCGCGCCCGCGCCGGCAAAAAUGUCGGCAAAAUGAACUUUAACCACAACGAACUAGCCCAACUCCUCUACGGCCACGGCGACCUCAAAACGCCGCUCCCCGAAACCGUGCGCGUGCUCGACGAGCUCAUAACCGAUUUCAUCCAAGGCGUCGGCUUCGAAGCCACGCGCGCCGCCCAUCAUGCGGGCCGACAAAAAGUCAAGUUUGAAGAUUUCGAGUUCGCCAUGCGUCGCAACCCGCGAUUCAUGGGCAAGAUCCAGGAGGUAUUCGAAAAAAAGAAGGAGAUUGAGGCGGCGCGCAAGAACUUUAAUAUUGAGGAUCAGCUGAUGAAGGAUGCUGAUAAGGAGGAGAAGGAGAAGGAGAAGAAGGGUGGGGAUAAAGAGAAGGGUGAUAAGGAAAAGGGAGGUGGGGAGAGGGGGGAGAAGACGGCAGAAAAGGGGGAGAAGGGCGGGCCGGGAUCAUCAAGUGUGUCCGGGUCGGUGUCGGGGACCAAGAGGAAGAGACAGCAGAGUGACAUGUUGGAGGAUGAGGAGUUGGAUGAGUUGGAUGAUGAUUUGGAUGCUGAGGCGGAUAUUACUGGGACGGCGGCGAAGAGGAGGUAGGAUCUUCUUGGGUGGAAGCGUCGUUGAUUAUAUUUCGUUUUUUUUUG